AUUGUCCGAUAAACACAGUAGUAGUCGAUUUUCUCAGUUUAUCCGCCGAAGAAGACAAAAUGAUUACCGCCGUAUACCGUUCGUUGGCGUUGCUGUGCAUAACGUUUGUAUGCGGUCACGUCCUAGCGUAUCCUUACAACGGCAACAACAUGCAGUGGUCGAACCCAGGGGCUGGUGCAAACUACCAUCAGCAGCCAGGGUUUGGUGGCAAUGUGGGCCAACAACGUGGAUAUAGUGGUGGCGCAGGAUUCGGCGAAGGCAAUUUUGGGCGAGCUUCGGCGUUUGGUGGACAACAACGGUGGCAGUCGGCUGGUUACAACGGUCAACAGCAAGGAGCCGAGGCCUACCAGUCAAACAUUUUCAACGAACCAGACCGGUAUGGUUAUGAUUACACGAUUCCCGGAGCUACUGUACACUUUUUGAUGUAUAAAAAAAAAGGAAAUAGAGGAUCCGGAAAUAAUAAUCAUGGCGUGGAUUCAAGUGGCUGGGACAAAUAUUAUUAAGACGUUUAAAAACUCACAAAAUUAUAAUUAUUACAUUUAAUUAUUAUUAUGAAACAUUAUAAUAAUUAAAAUAUGUCUUGUUAAAUUUAAGAAUAUUUACUGUGAAAUAUUAUAGAUAACAUGUGUGUACCUAAUACAAUAAUGGUUAAAAUAAAUAUUGCAUUAAUGUUGUAAGCGAUCUUAAUACUAUAG